CGCCCCCGAUGCCUAAAUCGCGCGGCAGCCUCGGCGGAUCCCACUGCAAGCCUUGCCGGCAGCUCCUUCGCAUCGAACCCGGUCUGCGCUUCCUCCAGCGUCCUGCACCCGCCAGCAGACGUAGCCGUCCUCAUUCUGGUGUUUUCCCUGCGGCCGGACGCAUAGUAUGAUCCUUAGGUGUUUCGUCUACCAGCCAUUUUCUAUGGAAAACCAAGGGAAUCGGGCCUUGAUAGCCACUGGCAGCUUUGAAGAAUGGGACGCCUUUAGAAAAGCUUGAUCUUGGAGGCCUCAGCCUGAGACCUUACAAAGCCAGAGUCCGGCAGAGUUCAUCUGUCUCGUCUUGUUGCCGAUCGAAGGUGCCCUCUUUGGUUUUUCUCCAUCUUCUGGGAGGUAGCAGGAAAUCAGCAUUAUGGUUGGGUUCAAGGCCACAGAUGUGCCUCCGACUGCCACUGUGAAGUUUCUAGGGGCUGGCACAGCUGCCUGCAUUGCAGAUCUCAUCACCUUCCCCCUGGAUACCGCUAAAGUCCGGCUCCAGCUCCAAGGAGAAAGUCAGGGGCCAAUGCGAACUGCAGCCAGCGCUCAGUACCGCGGUGUGCUGGGCACCAUCCUGACCAUGGUGCGCACCGAGGGCCCCCGCAGCCUCUACAACGGGCUGGUCGCCGGCCUGCAGCGCCAAAUGAGCUUCGCCUCUGUUCGCAUCGGCCUCUAUGACUCCGUCAAGCAGUUCUACACCAAGGGCUCUGAGCAUGCUGGCAUUGGGAGCCGCCUCCUGGCCGGCAGCACCACAGGUGCCCUGGCCGUGGCUGUGGCCCAGCCCACGGAUGUGGUGAAGGUCCGGUUCCAAGCUCAGGCCCGGGCUGCAGGAGGCCGGAGAUACCAAAGCACUGUUGAUGCCUACAAGACCAUUGCCCGGGAGGAAGGGUUCCGGGGACUCUGGAAAGGGACCUCUCCCAAUGUGGCUCGUAAUGCCAUUGUCAACUGCGCAGAGCUGGUGACCUACGACAUCAUCAAGGAUGCCCUCCUCAAAGCCAACCUUAUGACGGAUGACCUCCCUUGCCACUUCACAUCGGCCUUCGGGGCAGGCUUCUGCACCACCAUCAUUGCCUCCCCUGUUGAUGUGGUUAAGACGAGAUACAUGAACUCUGCCCUGGGCCAGUAUAGCAGUGCUGGCCAUUGUGCCCUUACCAUGCUCCGGAAGGAGGGACCUCAAGCUUUCUACAAAGGGUUCAUGCCCUCCUUUCUCCGCUUGGGUUCCUGGAACGUGGUGAUGUUUGUCACCUAUGAGCAGCUGAAACGGGCCCUCAUGGCUGCCUGCACUUCCCGGGAGGCUCCCUUUUGAGCCUCUCCUGCUGACCUGACCACCUCUGGCUCUGGCUUUGGCUCCAGCCAGACCCCAUUCCCUUUUCCUCCUCCUCUUCUUCCCUUCCCUAUCCCCCCACUUCUUCCUCUUCCUUUUCCUACCACCUCCCUUCCCUCUCCCCAGAUUCUCACCACUCUUCCCUACUUCCUCUCUCUUUGCCCCUCAGUCCUGAUGAAGUUGACCAAAUUUGACACUGUAUGUGGCCUGGUACCAGCCAGGAUCCCAAGCCCCCAUCCCUUAAAAUCAGCCUGAAUUUUUCUUCUGCACCCCCCAGCCAACCUACCCAGCAAUUCACCCAUAAAGCAAACUCAAACUUGG